GUGGCCAUUUUUUUUUUUAUAAAGGAACACAAAGCCAGUAAAGAAAAUGGAUAAAAAAUUCAAUAAUGGAAAAGAUAAAGACAAAGAGAAUAAUUCCAAAGAUAGUAAAGAUCUCAUCUCCGAAUUAACUCAAAAACUAUUGGAACAGAUAUACAAGAAUAUAGAACCCCUUUUGUUGAAGGGGAACAAAAAUAUUAGCUUUAGGGACGCUUCUAUGGUAUUGGGGAAAGAGAAAGACAAACCUAUGUACUUCGAAGAUGUCGACGUUAAUUUAUCGAAGAGGAAACACGAAUUUCUAAAUCUGAAUUUCGAAAACAAAGAUUACCUGCGUCUACGUGAGCUUGCGACACAACUACCUGUGGAUAUUGUUGAUUUCGGGGAAAUUGCAGCUUACAAUAGAAAAGUAUUCCAUACGAUAAUAUGCAUUGACACGUCAGCAAGUAUGAAAGACAUCGUCCCUGCCUGUCGUCGUAUUAUUCGACAGUACCUUCAAGAGAUAAGUGAUGGAGACAAUUACGAUGAAAUCAUAUCUGUGAUUGCGUUUGGGAAAAGAGUGCUUCACUACAUUUAUAAAGUUGAAACUCCUAAUGGACAUACAGAGUUCAUAGAAAAUAUUUUGAACAGCCACGAUUCCUGGAAAGGAUGCACUCCGCUCUCUUACGCACUUCGGAAAUGUAAAGAAAUCAAUGAUGAAUUGAAAGUUGAAUUAAGACGUCGAUCAAGAGACAUUCGCCGAUGUCGUAUUCUGAUGAUGACUGAUGGAAAACCUACCUCUAAUAAUCAGCAAGAACAUAUCAAUGAUGACCAAAUGCAACAGAGAUCAGAAGAAACAAUGUUGGAGGCAAUGUGUGGAAUAACCCAUGGCAAAGUAUUUUUGAGUGACGACAUUUUCACGUUCGCUAGAAUCUCUGAAAUUGAGAUGUUCGUAGAUACUAUAUACAGGGACUGCCAACGAUAUAACUGGCAUGAAGUAUUCGCUUAUGUUAGACUAAAAAGAAGUGGAAAAGAUAUGCUAUAUUAUGAACUCGCGACGCAGCUUAUCGCAAGUGGAAAUAGAGCAAUGAAUUUUGAUUUCGCCAAAGCAGCUUUACCAAGAUUUUUACAGAGAUACCCAGAACGAGCAAUUUUCGCUUGGUUACGUAAAAGAGAGACUGAAGAGUGGGAAUACCUGCCAAAUGAAGUAAACAGACUUGUGCGAAAUGGAUUGCGUAAUUUGGAAAAUUACAGAAUUACGAUUUUAACAAUACCUUACCAAGACAAAGUACUUCGAUUUGAUUUUGAGGAGGGUGUUUAUUGUGAAGUAAACUCCUCUAAUCGUCUUGAAUUUAAGAUUAGGCGUAAAUUCAUGGGCAAUGAUUGGGGGUGAUUCGCUUGUGACUCGAAAAGCAUGUUUCAUGCACCAGGGUAACAUCUCAUGUCAAAUAUCCUAGCGACCGUUCCAAGUGUGUUCUAGCUCUGUAAGGUAUAUCUAUACCUGAACUUGAUAUCAUGGUUGAUGCUUAAUAACUAGGUUGUAGUGCAUUGACAUUGAUAUAAAGCACGAUGGGAAGACGGAGAAUAUUUGUAUCAGUACAGAAACCAAUCUAUUAUUUGAUUCCUUUACCUGAUCAAGAUACAGGGCUCACGGCAGGUGUGUUCUGGCAACACGGGAUGCUUACUCUUUAUUGUACUUGAUACGAACUGUGAUUUCGUCGGAGAUAGUGGUUGUCCUUCUUGCAAAUAUGGGAUUAUGAGAUUUAUUUCCGUUCAUUAUCUCCACUUCAAUUAUAUGACAUUUAAUUUUUUACAAUUAUAUGUUCUUUAAAAUAUGAUCUUACAUUGUACUUUGCCUUAUUUGUCCAUCUUUCUUUUAUGCAAAGUGUGGGAUUUUCGAACAAACGUAUUGCUUUUAAAACACAUUACAAUAACCUAUACAU